UUGUAUUAAGGUACCGGUAGCUAUUGCAAGGUUAACGUUUGUUUACAUUCAGAGAUAGCAUAAUAGCAGUAUAAUGCAUGUGCAGGAGUUACUGUUAUAGAUAUUGUAUUUAAACAAAUGAAUCAUACGGAUUUUAUUUUUGGACAGUUGAAGAUGAAUCAGGUGCAUCAUUAAGAAGUCUAGCUGGAUCAGCAGCAACAUCUCGACCAGCCACACCAAGUACAUCUAUAGGAAUGUCUGCUGCCCCAGAAUCUCCACAGAGCUAUGCCUCUCGUGGCAGGAAAGUGUCCCGCCAAGUGAGCGGCAUAGACAAAACAUCACAGUGUUCGUCCAUGAACUAUUCCAUUCAUCACGAGGAGUCAAUUGAAAAAAUAUUACUAGAGAAAGGAGAUGACAGUUUCCAUCUACCAACGCAUACUCUUAUAUCACCGAUAGCGCAGUCGAUUCCAACACCAACAGCCAACCACAAAAAGUCAAUUUCGGGACGAUUUACGGUCAGUCCGGCUCAGAAUAUACCGUCGGUAUCAUUCAAGCCUAAGAAUGAGACUGGAACACCACCGAAGAGUGAAAGUAGUGCUAGUCAGUCAUUAAUUGAAACAGAAAUGCAGUUCAAAAUGUCUGACACAUCUUUAUCCCAUAUUGAUGAAAAGGCACAAAAUGCGGAUCAGAAAAAACCAUUGUUGCAGGAUUCCAUUGAACUUGGUCAAUUUGAAAGAAAGGAUUCUAUUGGCUCGGUUAAUGAGGGCGGUGUUCCUGGUUGUGCCAUUGACUAUCUCACUGUAGAGGAAAACCAGAGAACCAUCCAGUCCAACUUUUCAGUCAAUACUCAGGACAGUGCUAUAUUUGAGCAUGCCCCGUUACAGUGUGGUAACAUCCGAUUUGUGAAAGAUACUGUUGACCUAAUUUAUGAGCCCAAGAAGCAUUACCUGUGUGUAGGUUACGACACGGAGAUGCCGGCAGUGACAGAGUUUAUGUCAAGAUACUGGGGAAAAAAGAAUCCUAACAUUGUCCUGUCUGUGAUAUCGUCAGAGGAAAGUUAUAAACCAUGGAAAAGUCAGCGACUGAAGGAUGACUUCCAAAAAGGAAUAUUAAAGGCUGCAAACACAACAGACAUGUGGAUUAUUACUAACGGUAUAAACGCUGGUAUACCAAAAGUGAUCGGUGACGCGAUAAAAGAGUACAACAUAGAGCAGCAGAACACACGCCUUAUUGCAAACCCUUUACUAACUAGCUCGGAGCAUGGUACCAGGCGACUCACAGCCAUUGGCAUUGUGCCAAAAGACUUAGUGCCGUAUGGAAUGUACUUUGAUGGGACAGAAGGUGUGCAGAUCACCAACUACGGAGGAAAGUCUCAUGCUAACAUAUAUGAAUUGAAUCCGGAGCAUACGCAUUUCAUCAUCGCCGAGGAAGAUGGUAGAGAAUUUAAUGCUGGCAAUUUAAGAUGCAUGAUCGAGCAACAGUUCAGCCAUAAAGUUGUGAAAAGGCGUCGGGCAUUCAGACUCAUGAGUAUAGGUUCUGACUCGGAGACAGAUAAUGUAGAGAAGAAACAGAUAGAUCUUGAUAAUUUCAUUCCGGUCGUUGGGUUGCUGGUUCAGGGCUCACCCAAAAAUAUUGAUCAUGUUUUGUUCUAUAUACAAAACAAGAUGCCUGUAGUAAUCCUUAAAGGUAGCGGUGGUCUGGCUGAUAUGAUUGGAUUUGUGCAUGAGGAAAUUCAGGAGAAGGCCGACUCGGACCCAGAUUACGAGGAACAUUUCCUAAAACCAGAAGUUAUCAAAAUGAUUACACGAAUGUAUGGCUCGUUCAUGGAGGAGAAUGAUUUAGAUAAGUUCGUCCUUAGAGAUAAGAUUAUCCAGUGUGUGAAGAUGGCCAAUGAGGGAGACGGCGAUCAUUCUUUCAUGACCAUUGUGAAUAUGAAGGGUUGGGGGUGGAGUAUGAGAGACUUGGACAAGUAUAUUCUACGAGCAUUGUUUAAAUCUGAGAAACCUGAUGGUAAAGGUCAGAUGGAACAGCUGCAGAAUGACCUUCAGCUGACCAUUGACUGGAACAGACCUGAUCUCGCAUGGGAAAUUUUUCAACAAGAUUUCACGAAAGUUAGGAUAGACAAGAAGAUGUUUGAGAAGGCCUUGUUACAGAAGGACCGUGAAGAGUUCAUAGACCUGUUCCUGUCACAGGGGGUCAAAGUUCAUAAAUUUCUUAACCAUAAAAAACUGAAACAUCUGUUCGACAAGGCAGAAGAUCGGGAGUUCUUCUUGAAUGUGUGCAUGGAGGGUGUUCUUGGAAUAACAAUAGUAUGAUUUAAAAGUUGUUAU